AUGUUUGUAGCGGCGCAGCUUGUAGGCGACCUGCCGCACCUACGUGUACAUGUACGUGUACGGGACACACACCUCGGGCAGCUCCAGCUGGAAGGUGGGCGCGACGAGCGCGCAGGGCUGCAGGCGGCGCAGCUUGUAGGCGACCUGCCGCACCUACGUGUACAUGUACGUGUACGGGACACACACCUCGGGCAGCUCCAGCUGGAAGGUGGGCGCGACGAGCGCGCAGGGCUGCAGGCGGCGCAGCUUGUAGGCGACCUGCCGCACCUACGUGUACAUGUACGUGUACGGGACACACACCUCGGGCAGCUCCAGCUGGAAGGUGGGCGCGACGAGCGCGCAGGGCUGCAGGCGGCGCAGCUUGUAGGCGACCUGCCGCACCUACGUGUACAUGUACGUGUACGGGACACACACCUCGGGCAGCUCCAGCUGGAAGGUGGGCGCGACGAGCGCGCAGGGCUGCAGGCGGCGCAGCUUGUAGGCGACCUGCCGCACCUACGUGUACAUGUACGUGUACGGGACACACACCUCGGGCAGCUCCAGCUGGAAGGUGGGCGCGACGAGCGCGCAGGGCUGCAGGCGGCGCAGCUUGUAGGCGACCUGCCGCACCUACGUGUACAUGUACGUGUACGGGACACACACCUCGGGCAGCUCCAGCUGGAAGGUGGGCGCGACGAGCGCGCAGGGCUGCAGGCGGCGCAGCUUGUAGGCGACCUGCCGCACCUACGUGUACAUGUACGUGUACGGGACACACACCUCGGGCAGCUCCAGCUGGAAGGUGGGCGCGACGAGCGCGCAGGGCUGCAGGCGGCGCAGCUUGUAGGCGACCUGCCGCACCUACGUGUACAUGUACGUGUACGGGACACACACCUCGGGCAGCUCCAGCUGGAAGGUGGGCGCGACGAGCGCGCAGGGCUGCAGGCGGCGCAGCUUGUAGGCGACCUGCCGCACCUACGUGUACAUGUACGUGUACGGGACACACACCUCGGGCAGCUCCAGCUGGAAGGUGGGCGCGACGAGCGCGCAGGGCUGCAGGCGGCGCAGCUUGUAGGCGACCUGCCGCACCUACGUGUACAUGUACGUGUACGGGACACACACCUCGGGCAGCUCCAGCUGGAAGGUGGGCGCGACGAGCGCGCAGGGCUGCAGGCGGCGCAGCUUGUAGGCGACCUGCCGCACCUACGUGUACAUGUACGUGUACGGGACACACACCUCGGGCAGCUCCAGCUGGAAGGUGGGCGCGACGAGCGCGCAGGGCUGCAGGCGGCGCAGCUUGUAGGCGACCUGCCGCACCUACGUGUACAUGUACGUGUACGGGACACACACCUCGGGCAGCUCCAGCUGGAAGGUGGGCGCGACGAGCGCGCAGGGCUGCAGGCGGCGCAGCUUGUAGGCGACCUGCCGCACCUACGUGUACAUGUACGUGUACGGGACACACACCUCGGGCAGCUCCAGCUGGAAGGUGGGCGCGACGAGCGCGCAGGGCUGCAGGCGGCGCAGCUUGUAGGCGACCUGCCGCACCUACGUGUACAUGUACGUGUACGGGACACACACCUCGGGCAGCUCCAGCUGGAAGGUGGGCGCGACGAGCGCGCAGGGCUGCAGGCGGCGCAGCUUGUAGGCGACCUGCCGCACCUACGUGUACAUGUACGUGUACGGGACACACACCUCGGGCAGCUCCAGCUGGAAGGUGGGCGCGACGAGCGCGCAGGGCUGCAGGCGGCGCAGCUUGUAGGCGACCUGCCGCACCUACGUGUACAUGUACGUGUACGGGACACACACCUCGGGCAGCUCCAGCUGGAAGGUGGGCGCGACGAGCGCGCAGGGCUGCAGGCGGCGCAGCUUGUAGGCGACCUGCCGCACCUACGUGUACAUGUACGUGUACGGGACACACACCUCGGGCAGCUCCAGCUGGAAGGUGGGCGCGACGAGCGCGCAGGGCUGCAGGCGGCGCAGCUUGUAGGCGACCUGCCGCACCUACGUGUACAUGUACGUGUACGGGACACACACCUCGGGCAGCUCCAGCUGGAAGGUGGGCGCGACGAGCGCGCAGGGCUGCAGGCGGCGCAGCUUGUAGGCGACCUGCCGCACCUACGUGUACAUGUACGUGUACGGGACACACACCUCGGGCAGCUCCAGCUGGAAGGUGGGCGCGACGAGCGCGCAGGGCUGCAGGCGGCGCAGCUUGUAGGCGACCUGCCGCACCUACGUGUACAUGUACGUGUACGGGGACAACACACCUCGGGCAGCUCCAGCUGGAAGCUCCAGCUGGAAGGUGGGCGCGACGAGCGCGCAGGGCUGCAGGCGGCGCAGCUUGUAGGCGACCUGCCGCACCUACGUGUACAUGUACGUGUACGGGACACACACCUCGGGCAGCUCCAGCUGGAAGGUGGGCGCGACGAGCGCGCAGGGCUGCAGGCGGCGCAGCUUGUAGGCGACCUGCCGCACCUACGUGUACAUGUACGUGUACGGGACACACACCUCGGGCAGCUCCAGCUGGAAGGUGGGCGCGACGAGCGCGCAGGGCUGCAGGCGGCGCAGCUUGUAGGCGACCUGCCGCACCUACGUGUACAUCUCCAGCUGGAAGGUGGGCGCGACGAGCGCGCAGGGCUGCAGGCGGCGCAGCUUGUAGGCGACCUGCCGCACCUACGUGUACAUGUACGUGUACGGGACACACACCUCGGGCAGCUCCAGCUGGAAGGUGGGCGCGACGAGCGCGCAGGGCUGCAGGCGGCGCAGCUUGUAGGCGACCUGCCGCACCUACGUGUACAUGUACGUGUACGGGACACACACCUCGGGCAGCUCCAGCUGGAAGGUGGGCGCGACGAGCGCGCAGGGCUGCAGGCGGCGCAGCUUGUAGGCGACCUGCCGCACCUACGUGUACAUGUACGUGUACGGGACACACACCUCGGGCAGCUCCAGCUGGAAGGUGGGCGCGACGAGCGCGCAGGGCUGCAGGCGGCGCAGCUUGUAGGCGACCUGCCGCACCUACGUGUACAUGUACGUGUACGGGACACACACCUCGGGCAGCUCCAGCUGGAAGGUGGGCGCGACGAGCGCGCAGGGCUGCAGGCGGCGCAGCUUGUAGGCGACCUGCCGCACCUACGUGUACAUGUACGUGUACGGGACACACACCUCGGGCAGCUCCAGCUGGAAGGUGGGCGCGACGAGCGCGCAGGGCUGCAGGCGGCGCAGCUUGUAGGCGACCUGCCGCACCUACGUGUACAUGUACGUGUACGGGACACACACCUCGGGCAGCUCCAGCUGGAAGGUGGGCGCGACGAGCGCGCAGGGCUGCAGGCGGCGCAGCUUGUAGGCGACCUGCCGCACCUACGUGUACAUGUACGUGUACGGGACACACACCUCGGGCAGCUCCAGCUGGAAGGUGGGCGCGACGAGCGCGCAGGGCUGCAGGCGGCGCAGCUUGUAGGCGACCUGCCGCACCUACGUGUACAUGUACGUGUACGGGACACACACCUCGGGCAGCUCCAGCUGGAAGGUGGGCGCGACGAGCGCGCAGGGCUGCAGGCGGCGCAGCUUGUAGGCGACCUGCCGCACCUACGUGUACAUGUACGUGUACGGGACACACACCUCGGGCAGCUCCAGCUGGAAGGUGGGCGCGACGAGCGCGCAGGGCUGCAGGCGGCGCAGCUUGUAGGCGACCCCGUCCAGCGCGCGCCGCACGUGGCGCUCGCCCGCGGUGCUCCACGCGCCGCCCGACAUCGCCAGCCGACCUCGCCACACCUGCGCAAACAAAAUCAAUGA